CCUCUGCCCGCCCUCGCCCCUGAAACAGCAGGUGCUCUUCACCGCACCACCCCCGACCUUCCAGUUGCCCACCUGAGGCCCGCCUGUGGGUCCUGGGGCUGGAGGGCCCCAGUGCCCCCCCGCCUCUGCCACGUGCUCUAGGUGGCCGUGGGGCUCUUAACCUGCUGUCCCUGCCAUCUUCCCUGGCUGCCCUGCCCCUCCCAGCUGUGGCUUGGUCACCUUCUCGCUGCUCCUGACUCAGGUCCCGUUUGAGCCGCUGCCUGGGGGCUCUGGCUGGGCCCCUGGGUCUGUGGAAGCUCCUGGUGGAGGCCGGGUUGCAGGAUAGUCCAGCUGAGUCUGUUCAGUGCUCAGGUCCCCGAGGCCAGGCCCUUGUCCGCAGUGGACACUGCGCCUGGUACACAGGAGGUCACAGUGGGGCCUGUGGAACUGGGCCGAGUCCUCCUGGGUCCCUGCGCUGGACAAGGCUGGCGAUUCUCUGGGGCCGCCUUUCAGAGCUUCGAGGAGACGCCGGGUCCCCGCCCGGAUCUCGUCUGCUCAAGGCAGACACCCCUGCAGCCGCCGCUAUUUCCAGGCUCAUCUCUCUGGAUGAUGAUUUCACUGGAGUUUUGCAAAUGAAGAGGUCGUUGACCUGCUCUGAAUGUCGCGCCUGUGUUGCUGCUGCUUGAUUUCUCUCAGCGCUUCGACAGCGUUUCUUGGCGUGUAAGCUCUACAGGAGGGUGGCAGCCCCACCGUCUGAGAAGAUGUCCUACGGGCCCAUGGCUGGCAGUGGCGGCCUGGGGAGCCGCAGCCCCUUUGGGGGGCCCUCCGGUCAAGGCUAUCAGCCCCUGGAGUGCGCUAAGUGUUGGACCGAAUACGGAAUCCGCCAUUUCCCCUGCCCGUCUCCAGAGAGCCACCCGCAGGACGUGUGUGUGGGCAAGGAAGGGGAAGGCGAUCUGGGGCCAGCGGGCACGCCCAGAGGCCCGAGGGCCAGGAAGCGAGGGCCAGGGGUCGCCACCGAGGGCAGCGGGACGCCAGAGCCCACCUCGCCGCCGGCCGGCCCAAGGAAGGACUUGGCUGCGGGCGUCCGUGGCCGGGUGGCGGGGCCUGGCAUCACCCGGGCCAAGAAGAGGAAGCCCAACUUCCGCCCGCAGGAGACGGAGGUGCUGGUGGCCAAGGUCAGCAGGCACCACCAGCUGCUGUUCGGCCCCGGGCGGCCCGCGGCCGAGCCUGCCCGCAGGUACCGCGUGUGGAGCCGUAUCCUGCAGGCCGUGAAUGCGCUAGGCUACUGUCGCCGCGACAUCGGGGACCUCAAGCACAAGUGGCGGGACCUGCGUGCCGUCGUGCGGCGCAAACUGGGCGAGCUGCGCGGGGCGGCCCCCGGCCCGGACCCCGCCAGGCCCCAGGCCCUGGCCCUCACGCCCGUGGAGCAGGCGGUGGCCAAGACCUUCUCCUGCCAGGCCCUGCCGUCGGGGGGCACCGGCCCCGAGCCACCCGCAGCCACCCAGAUGGACUCGAGGGACCUCCAGGAGCUGUUCCAGGAGACGUCGGCCCACGUCUUCCGAAUCAACUCCAACGUGACCUCCUUGGAGCAGAGCCUCCAGUCCCUGGGGACGCCAGAUGACACACAGGAGCUGCGGGACAGCCUCCACGCAGCGCAGCAGGAGACCAACCAGACCAUCGUGACCAGCACCGGUGCCCUGAAGCAGACGGCCGAGCUCCUGCGGGGCUGCUCCCGGCAGGAGCGCCUUCAGCUGGACCGCCUGAAAACUCAGCUCUCAGAUGCCAUCCAGCGCUAUGGAGUGGUGCAAAAGAAAAUUGCGGAGAAGUCCAGAGCACUGCUUCCCACAGCACAGAGGGGCGGCAAGCAGCAGCAGAGUCCGCGGGCUGCUUUUGCCGAGCUGGCUGAUGACGAGAAGAUUUUUAACGGAGGUGACGGCGCGUGGCAGAGUCAGGAGCAGGCGCUGCUUCCGGAGAUCACGGAGGAGGACCUGGAGGCCAUGCGGCUGCGUGAGGAGGUCAUCCUGCAGAUCGAGAGCGACCUGUUGGACGUGAACCAGAUUAUCAAGGACUUGGCCUCCAUGGUGUCCGAGCAAGGAGAUGUCAUUGGGUCCAGCGGCAGCGAGGCCACGGGCCGGCGCAGCUCCAGCCCCGAGCCGGCCGUGGCGGCCCUGCUGCCCGGGCCGGGCUGCGCGCCCCUGCGGCCGGGCUCCCACUGCCGCACCAAGACGCGGAAGCCCAACUUCAGCCCCCAGGAGACCGAGGUGCUGGUGCGGAGGGUGACGCGCCACUACCCGCUGCUGUUUGGGGCGCUGCGGGGCCCGCCCGCCCGGAAGCACCGCGUGUGGAGCAAGAUCCUGCAGGCGGUGAACGCGCUGGGCUACUGCCGCCGAGACCUGGGCGACGUCAAGCACAAGUGGCGGGACCUGCGCGGGGCGGUGCGCAGGAAGCUGGCCGAGCGCCCCCGCGCCCCGGGCCCCGUCCUCACACCCGUCGAGCGCAUGGUGGCCGAGACCUUCGCGGCCCCGGGCCCCCCAGGCGAGGGCCGGGCCCCCGAGCCCCUGCCAAAUAGUAUUGAAGCCGGCCUUGAGGCUGCGUCCUCGCACGCAGAGGCGGCCAGCGAGCUCCUGGCUGGGGCCAGCCGGCACCAACUGACGAGGAGGACGAGGGCUCCGGCUGCAUGUGGCUACCCCUGCGGACACUGGAUGGGCCGAGCCUGCCUGAAGCUGACCCCCUGGACCUCCGAGGGGCCUUCCCUGCGUCCACCUCCUCGCCCUCUCCGCCCACCUCCCCGGCCUCAGCACCCCCGGCAGCCACCUUCCCCGGGGCCUCCCGGCCCUCGCCGCCCUCCUCGGCAGCACCCCAGGCCUCCGGGAAGCCGGUGGGGACUGAGGCCUCGGACUUGGAGCAGCGGCUGCUGGACGCCCAGCGGCGGCAGGGCACCCUGCUCUGGUCCUGGUCCCAGCAGCAGAGCGCGCUCAUGGCGCAGCAGAAUCUGCUGCUGCAGCGGCUGGCCGAGCAGAGCCAGCGGCUGGCCGACGGCGUCGAGGCUCUCAACCGGACCCUGGAGAGGCUGGUGGAGGCCCGCCCGGCCCGGGGUGCCUCGCCCGCAGUCCCGGACAGCUCCCCUGGGGGCGGAACAGCCUGCGGCCCGGCCAGAGGCUCCCAGGAGGUCUUCUCAGGGAUGAUUCUGAAGGUGGAGGAGGGGGUCUAGGGUCUGGCCUCGGGCUGCGUGCAGGGCGGAGACGGGAUGGAGCCAGCGCGGACACAGGGCAUCCACCUGGGGCUGCCCCCUUGGUCCUGCCCUUGCCAGUGGGGCUCAGCGACGCGCGUGGAGGGGCCUCUGAGAGCUGCUCGGGGACGGCCUGUCGACGGGGGCAGCGGCCGCCCCGUGCCCACCUUCCUCUGACCCGCGGAGCCACAGGGAGAAGCAUGAGGGCCACAGUGCCCUCGGAGCGCUGCCUCGGGUGUCAGGACCCUGGAAAUGCGGCUCGAGGCGGGGCACCGAGAAGGAGGGACUCCUGGAAGCCCCUCCCUCUGCGGGUGUACAGCCUGGGGGCGGGGCGGGCCCUGCAUCCUCAGGAUUCUGGCCCAAGGGGACCACGGCCCGGGCUUGCGGGCAUUUCUCUGACCCUGUGUCGUGGUGUGAGGUAUGUUGACGCGUGUGUGCGUGUGUUCCUUGGUACCGGAUGGCGGGGGGUUGCCGGUUUGUACCUGUUGACUUUUCUUGGAAAAAAAUAUUUUCUUACGUAAGCAUAAAGUAACAACCAGGAA